CUAAAAAGUAUUUUGACAACAUGUCGGAUAACGAAGACAUAUUAGGUGAAGAUUUAGGUGAUCACAGCCUUGCGGAUUAUAAUCUCGGAAACGAAGAGGAGGAACAGUUGCUAGCUGAUGACUACGAAGGGAAUUCUCAAAACGUACCCUCUGGUGGACCAUAUCGUGAGCGUACUAGUGUGCCUGCUGAUUAUAAUGAAACCAAUGUUCAAUAUACGCCGCCAGCUGCUUAUACAACACCAGAGACUGAGUGUGUGGUACCAAACAUUACAGUUGAAAUACCUGGUUCAAGAGCUGAUCAUUGUACAUAUGCUCCCUAUGAACCAUCAUACGAAGCUGAACAUGCCGUACCACCCGCUAUUCCAGCGGCACCGAUUGAAUCUCCACAAAUUGUGCCAUCAGAAAUUUCACCAGCUGCAAGUAUAGAAACCAGUAGAGAGAGAUUUAUAUCAGAGAGACCGGUGGGUGCUCGGACACCACAAGUCAGAAAUAUACCAGACUCCCUUGAUAAUGUGUUUGUUCCCCGCGGUCGUAAUAACUCCUGGCGGGCACCGCACUACCGACAUAACCAUCCUUACCGGCGACACAAUGCGCACUACCGGGGAAACUUUGGCCCUCGUCCCUCUUUCCCACCGCCUCAACGCGUAAGUCCACCGCAUAUUCGCCCAGAAUUAGACAGUCGUCCCGACUUACUUCCCGAAAGGCAAAUAUUACCAGAGCCUCGGGAGAAUUUUCCCCAUUUUCAAAGGUUUCCUUUUCGCCCUGAAGAGAGACCCAAUUUCAUCCCAAAUCAACCGUUCGAGAGGCCCAUGUUUCCAUUUGGCCCUUCGAGAGAAAUAAUUCCACACAAUAAUAUCCCCCAAGUGACGAUUCGCCAACCCUUACCGGGGUUGCCGGCUAAAAGCUUAGAGCCCGAAGUGAGAAUGCUGCCAGUUUUGCCACCGAAUUUGCCAGGAUUGACAGGGAAGAAAGUGUUGAUUAAUCCACACUUCAAGGGAAAUUUCCAGCCACCAGUUGAAGGGUUGCCAGCGUACAUACCGACGCGCAUACAAAAGUCGCCUCCGCCGAUCGCUCCAUCUCUGGAACAGAAAUUCGGUCCAAUAAAGGACAUUGACGACGCCGCGGAAAGGUUUAUCGCCGAACAACGCAGCGCUUUGGCCAGAGCCGCCACUCGCAACUUGGCCAGGCGAUCUCCGCAGAGAUUCAUCGAAAACACAACUAUAGAGAUAGAGAACGAGUUGGCGCGCAGCAGAAGAAGUGAGGACGAACUCUUGCGCAAGCAGGAGGAGUUCAUUCACGCAAAUAGGGCCGGUCUACGGAGACGCAUGAGGACUCCGUCUCCGCGUCGAUCCCGCUCUCCGUCCCCCCUCCCCAGAGAUUCUCGGGAACCCCGUGACGUCCGGGACUCUCGAGACGUUCGGGAUACGAGGGAUCUCAGGGAUCGGGAAAAGCGGGAUGAACGCAGACCGAGACCCCAGGACGAUGAGGACAGUGAAUACAGAAGAAGAGUUCGCGAACAAGAGUCGAUGAGAGAGAGAGUUCUAAGAGCAAAAGAAGUGAGAAGGAGAAAGAAUGCAGUCGCACUACAGAAGCAGUUGCAGGAUAAGGAACGCGAGAAACAAGAUAAGAAGGAAGAACCUAAAGUAGAAACGAAAGAAAAUCCAUCCAGCACUCGCGAAGAAGAGGUGAAACCGGAUACUACCAAGAAGAGUCCCGAACGAGAGGAGAAAGAGAUAGAAAGAAAAGAGAAGACGUCCCCUCUGAGGGACGAAGUCGAGGUUAAUUCUACUUGUGAGGCUCUGACUCCUCCCCGCGGCCCCUCGCCCCUGACGCCCCCGCUGCCGCCUCCCGUGACCCGCGGAGACAGCGACGACGACCUCGACCUCAUCCUCGGGGACAUCGACGGGAUCCUCUCCGAUGACGAGGACUCCGCUCGCCCCGAGGACGACGACAAGAGGGUGGAGUCGAGCAAACCCCAAAGCGACCUGCGCACCAAGUUGCCGCCCAGGAGCGAGAAGAAGCCUCCCAGCAGACAAAAAAUCAUAUUCACUGCCGACGAGGAGGCAAGAAGGAAAGAGAAAUCGCCUCUUCGCCGCACAACAGUGUCGAGCUCCACUAAAGUCGUCGAGAGUAACGAGAAGCCUCUCGAUAAGGAAAAGGUGAAACGGCAGCAGCUCGAAAACGCCUCCGUCAAGUCCAGACAACGAAUCGUGUUUGAAACUAAAAAGGUCGAAAGAGCCGACGAAGACGUCUCCCAGAAGUUCAGCAAUCGUCGCGUCAUACUGCAGAGGAAAACGGCGGAGAGGGACAAAUCUGUCUUCUCGCGCAUCGAAAAGACGGACCCCACGAAGCCCAACCCGGGCAUCUUCAACCGGGCGUUCAAGACCGCCGUCGGCUCGGACAAGAUCGACGGCAGGAAGAGGGCCCGUGACGUCAGGAGGGUCGUCGGGACCGUCGGGGCCGUCGAGAGGGACGACGAGCCGAAGGUGGAGUACGAGAGCGGCUCCGACGAGGAGAACCUGCAGCAGAAGACGGGAUCGACGGCCGCCGUCAGGAAUCUGCCGCACGGCAUCACCGACACGCGCCUGAAGACGUUGGCCGGCGAUCACGUGCAGAGUUUGAUAUUGGAUAAGGAGACCAGAUCGGCGAAACUCACCUUCAAAACUUCGGCCGCCGCGGAAACCUUCAAGAGGAAAUUCCAUAAUAAGAUGGUCUCCGCCAGUCAGUUGAUCGUUACAUUACAAUAGACUAUUCUACUCCUACUCUUCUUGAAUAAAUCUUCAAAGAUUCCUAACGUACAUAAAUGUUUUUAGCCGAUUCGCUUAUUCACAAGAAAUGGAGCUAAAUGAGGUUUAUCACUGUACACUAUCACUUUUACAUGUAUAAAGCGAAAUUGUAUUUUUAGUUCUAUUUCAUUCAUAAAUCUAGAAAGUUUCUAGUGUGUGAGGUCUGCUUUGGGAAUACGAUUCAUGUUUUGAUAGUAAUCAUUUGCAUUUGUAUCCGUUUAGUUUGAACUUAAGAAGAAAAUGAGACGUGUUUUCCACGUGUUUAAUUGCCGUUACACUUUAUAAAUCAUCAUUAAAUUGUAAAUUAGCUCAUUGUCUCUCUAUCUAUCUUUCUCGAUGUAAA